AACGGAGAGGAAGAACUUGUAGGUUCCGUCUGGCCAAUAAUAAGAACUGCUUUGUAAAGCUUGCGUCACAGCCUUACAUGCAGAGCUCAAAUGUUGCAGCGAGAGGAGCAGAGCAGAGCAGAGAACGAGACGGGGAAGUUUGCAAAAGGAGCAGGACUAACCGGGACAGCCCUGUACACUGUUUUUGUGUGCCCGAGAAGUCCUUUCUGCUCUUUUUGACAUUUCGCAACCAUUAUAUUUGACUGUUUGUAGGCAUAUUUGAGAUCGAAAAGGACUGUAACAAUCAUGGAACUGCUUUGUCUCGAGAUGGACACCAUUAUAAGAGCCCGUCCUGACCCGAAUCUUCUAUAUGAUGACAGGGUACUACAGAGCUUGUUGACCAUCGAAGAGAGGUUUCUUCCCCAGUGUUCAUAUUUUAAAUGCGUUCAGAAAGAUAUUCAGCCUUUUAUGCGGAGGAUGGUGGCAACUUGGAUGUUAGAGGUCUGCGAGGAACAGAAAUGCGAGGAAGAAGUUUUUCCACUGGCUAUGAACUACUUGGACCGAUUUUUAGCGGUGGUACCAACAAGAAAAUGUAACUUGCAGUUGCUUGGCGCAGUGUGCAUGUUUCUUGCGUCUAAAUUGAAAGAGACGCGUCCAUUAACUGCAGAGAAGCUGUGCAUCUACACUGAUAACUCAAUAAGACCGCAGGAACUGCUGGCAUGGGAGCUGGUUGUCCUGGGCAAAUUGAAGUGGAAUCUGGCUGCUGUCACUCCCAAUGACUUUAUUGAGCACAUUAUGAGGAAACUUCCGCUACCUGAGGAUAAGAUAGACCUGAUCCGUAAACAUGUGCAGACUUUCAUCGCCCUCUGUGCAACAGAUUUCACUUUCGCCAUGUACCCUCCAUCCAUGAUUGCAACGGGCAGCGUGGCAGCGGCUAUCUGUGGCCUGCAGCUUAACAGCACUAACUGUUCACUGUGGGGAGAAAAUUUAACAGAAUUACUCGCCAAGAUCACAAACACAGAAGUUGAUGUGUUAAAGGAAUGCCAGGAGCAGAUUGAGAGAGUGUUGAUGAAUAACCUGAGGGAGGGCCGCCGGCAACAGCAGAAACAGCAGCAGCAGGAACAGGGUGGCCCGCGCAGUAAAGCACUUGAUGACCAAGACCAGUCCAGCACCCCAACUGAUGUACGAGACAUCAACUUGUGAGCUUGCUGCAGGAAUGUUGUGAUCAGUCUACAAGAGAAAAAAAAACAAAACCAACAAAAAACUAAAACUAAAAAAACAACAACCACCCCAACAAAAAGUGCUUGCUAGUCUUUGUAGAGUUUUAUCUUCAUUUUCCAGUAAAAAUUGCUCCUGUAAAAAAAAAAAAAAAAAAAAAAAGCUAUUUUAGAUACAAACAAAA